CAGGGAAUCGCCUUUUUCUCAUUUACCUGGACAAUGGGUUACGUGCUGUGUAAAAUGGUUCACUAUGUUCAAAAUGUCUCCAUGAUUUGCUCCGUUAUGACGCUUACAAUGAUGAGUGUAGAGAGGUACAUAGCCAUCCGGUAUCCUCUUAAAGCUAAGUACCUCUGUACUUUAGUCCACGCCAAAAUUGUCAUCUUCUGUACUUGGUUCCUCUCGCUCUUCAUGGCUAUUCCUAUUCUAUUUGGACAGCAACUUGUCGAAGUCGGAUAUUUCAUGAAAGGUUAUUUGUGUAUCAAGGAAUGGUCAACGCCAGAGAUGAGUAAAUUAUAUGAACUCUACAUGUUCUUUAUAAUGCUCGUUAUUCCAACAUGUGUAAUGAUUGUGGCCUAUUCUGGUAUUUACUGUGAAAUGGUUAGUGUUACGGCACGGAGAGCUGACAUGAGAACUGGCAGUCUUUCAGAAUGUUCAACGAACCACAAUAACUACAAAAUGACCAAAUCAAACAAGAAAACCGCCAAAAAAAUAUCUGUCGAAGAUGACAAAACGAAAAUGCAGGUUCUGAAGAUGUUGGCGAUUGUUGUCCUGCUGUUUGUUCUGUGCUGGGCACCAAUUCUUAUCAACAACGUUUUGGUCGGUUUCGAAAUCCUACCCGUCCUCCACUACGGUCACACGAAACCCGUUCGCAUGGCCUUCCAUCUCAUGUCUUACUUCAACAGCUGCAUCAACCCAGUCGUCUAUUCAUUUCUGUCUAGGAACUUCCGCGAGUCAUUCAAGCAUAUAUUCCGUAACUUGUGCAACAGAAGUCUACGACCAACGAACGGUCGCGAACGAUCAAUUAGAAGAUCUACCGUGUCAUUCACAACAAGGUCUACCUCAUUUAAUCAGAAUCGUCGACAUCACAACAAAAACAGCGAGGAAAAACUGGACCACAGCAACUCCAGUUCAGAUAACGUCAAGGUCACCAUUGUAUCGUGUUCUGAAGAUGCCUGAACUGGUCGAUGUUAAUCAAUGAUAUAUAUUAUUCAUCCAUUUGUAAAAUGGCUUAUUUAUUAUAUAACGUACCGUUUUGUUCAAUCAGUCGUUAAAUAUCUAUUAUUAUAUAAUUAGAUUCUAAUCAGGUUAUCAUAUUUUAUAAUGAAAGUAUUAAAUAAUUGUAAAAACACAAA